GCUGUGAGUUGGGACCAGCCUGGGCUACACAGUGAGUUCUAGGUCAGUCUCAACUACAUAGAAAUCUCCUCUUCACUCAGGAAGCUCAGACCCCACCCUGGCACUUUUUUGGAAAGAAAUAGGGAGUGGGGAUGAAAGAGAGAACCUUCUUCAUCUUUAAGGGUUUUUUUUCAAGAGGAAAAAGUCCUUCUGAGAGACUGUUGCUGCUUUCCGAACAGCUCUUAUUUUUCCUAAAUGUUCCUAUCCUGGCCUGCCUGUUGUGGGUAUAAAUAAGAAGGAUCAUUGUUCCAAAAUCUUCUCCACUAAUUUAAUUUAUUGCUAGAAACAGCAUCCCCUCCAUAUGUGCUAUGCCUUUAGUUAUACUCUGUUGACACUUGUCCCACCCUCCCUUCCCAAUCCUGCCCCAACAGUUACCAGAGAUGUGAGUGGCUUCCAGGAAAGGAGAUCUGGGCUCAGUGAUCCAGGGUCAGUCUGAAGUCAAGGCCAGGCUUUGUCUAUGGUUGUAUUCAAACCUCAAUGUCAGGCUAGAGUCAAAGCUCGGACUCAGCAGGAUCAAAGCACAAGUCCCAGCUCAGUGCUUAGCUUAUACUCAGCCUCAGCACUCAGUCUUGGGUCAAGGUUAAGGAAUAGCUUGUGGCUCCAUAUUCCAUUCUCAGCAGAUACUUGGGUCUGCAUUUCCUACUACCUUAUACACUCACAGGAGAGAAGAAUGACUGCCCUGAGACCCUCAGAAACCUGACUCUAGCAGAGUGACCCAGGAUUUUCAUUGGCCAAAUCCAUGAUGCUACAAGUGUUACCCAACAUCCCAGUAGUGGAGCUGGUACUAGAACCCAGGACUCUUGUGUCUGCCUGAGCCUCUGAUUGCUGCCUUCCAAAAUCUAUUGAGUCUGAUCUUUCAGUUGAAGGAGGCAAAGCAAAGAAAGCUAUAGAUAGGCUCAGCUGGACAGCUCUGACCGCCCUCCUAGUCCCUACCCCACCUGUGUCAGGCGCGGAGCAGGCAAGGUAGGAAUGUCUGGAGUAUCAGGUGCAGAGGACAGCCAGUGACUUGCUCAUGUUUGGAUAAGGUUGGCUUGGGAGGAAGGCCCCUCAGCUGUUGGCAGAGGAAGUCGUGCUCUUGGCCUGGCACCCUCCCCCUCCUCCAGAACCUGCAGCCACACUCAGAGGCCACCCAGCUGCCAUGUGAGGACCCUUUCCUCUUUCAGCGUUAAGAAAAAGGAAAGGAUAUUUUUGGUAGAAAAGUCCCUCGUGCUCCCUGGGAAUCCCCGAUGGCCGGUGACCGGAUGGUUACGGGAUAUCCCAGAGGAAGCUGAAAGCCGGGGUCUUUCUCCUCCCCACAAUGCAGCCUGGCUCUCCCACACUAUACAGCUGGUUUACGGGUCUUCCAGAGGUCGUCUGGUCCAGGCCUCUGUUUCCUGUUGGGCCGGAAGGAGCCCCUCCCACCUUUGUAACAAUCUGCAGCUAGUCUGAUGUGCAGUUGUUUGAACCCAGGGCCAGCCCCCUAGUGGUGAGUUGGUGAAAGCCGAGAGCAGGCACGAGGAGGCCCGUGGAGGAGGAGCUAAAGUCGCCUGGAAACCGAGUACGCGUUGGACUUGGGAAGGACGACUUCGAAUUCAGAUUAUAGGUGCAGGGGUUGCUCUAAGGUUGAGAGGUGAGAAAGUAGCGAUGUAUUAGGAACUCAAAGACCAUUUGAUAAGGCCCUGACCACCUACUCCCCCUGCCCUUGUCCCUGACAGGGCAUCCUUAGGUCCCUGCCCCCGGCCACCCAGCUGCAUCAGUUCUGGCCAUGGCAUUGUGCCUGAAGCAGGUGUUUGCCAAGGACAAGACAUUCCGGCCCCGGAAGCGCUUCGAGCCAGGCACACAGCGCUUUGAACUGUACAAGAAGGCACAGGCAUCACUCAAGUCGGGCCUGGACCUGCGCAGUGUGGUGAGGCUACCGCCUGGCGAGAACAUCGAUGACUGGAUCGCAAUGCACGUAGUGGACUUCUUCAACCGCAUCAAUCUCAUCUACGGCACCAUGGCUGAGCGCUGCAGCGAGACCAGCUGCCCUGUCAUGGCCGGCGGGCCCCGCUACGAGUAUCGCUGGCAGGAUGAGCACCAGUACCGGCGGCCCGCCAAGCUCUCUGCACCGCAAUACAUGGCAUUGCUCAUGGACUGGAUCGAAGGCCUCAUCAAUGAUGAGGAUGUCUUCCCCACACGUGUUGGAGUUCCCUUCCCCAAGAACUUCCAACAAGUCUGCACCAAGAUCCUAACCCGACUCUUCCGAGUCUUUGUCCAUGUCUACAUCCACCACUUCGAUAGCAUCCUCAGCAUGGGGGCAGAGGCACACGUCAACACCUGCUACAAGCACUUCUACUACUUCAUCCAAGAGUUCAGCCUGGUGGACCAGCGGGAGUUGGAGCCACUGAGGGAGAUGACAGAGCGGAUCUGUCACUGAGUCCAGGCCUGGAUGUUGUUGGACCAUCUGAACACAGCAAGGGCUAGCAGAGGAGACUCUCAGGAUUCUGCUGAUAAAAGACUCUGAAAGCCCCAGGACUCCUCCACAUCCCAGUGCCUCUGGACUUUUGGUUCUCAGAAGUCUGCCUAUGUGUCUCCCUGACUAUGAAUGGAGAAGGGGAGAGCUUCAAGUGGCAAAAAGAAGGAAAGGAGGAAUCAACCUCCGGCAUGAAGUCUGAGUGUGGGGUGGGCUACCAGGUUCUUCCUAGGCCUAUUUGGGAAGUGUGGAUGUGGCAAGGUGAUGGCAAGAAAGGUGCAAGAGGCUGAGUGCCUGUGUGGCAGUGAGCACAGAUGCCAGUGUGAGUGUGUUUGUGAGUGUGGUUUUGACUGUGGGGCGUGCCUCUGAGAACCAGACCCUUCCUUGGACAUAAGUAGAUCUUCACAGAUGUUGGAUAGAUGGGUGGUUGAUGUAUAAAGAGAUUGGGACUAUCUGACCUGACCACUGUAGGAAUAAUGAUAGGUCAGGGUCCCUACUCAGGGUAUCUGACCAGUUAUGUAAGUACAUAAAAUGCAGUUGUAGAUGUAGUUCUACAGGUGACCAUCUUCCAUCAGCAUGAGUCCUGGGGGAGCUGGGUGGAAGCUGGAAAGAGGAGACAUUACCUGAGUUCCUUAAAACCCUGGCCUGCCACAGCUGUUGAUUCUGAUUUGCUCAGCCAGGGAUGCCAAUGAGCUGUCAUUUCACUCAUUCCCGUCUCUAGGAGGCCCUGGCAACAGGGAGACUUCUGGGCACCAAGAUGAUCCUUUCUGUCCAUGAAGGUCUCCUGGCUCUUAAACCAGGAAUCAUGUACUCCAGUCUAGCUCCCAGAUCUGCAAGCCUGACUCAUAGGAUCUGAAGCCCAGCCCAAAAUAAUCCUCCAGCCCAAAAAGCUGGUGGGACUUGACUUGGGAAGUCUGUGGAGUCUUGUCUCCUGUCCCAGGACACUGAGGAUUAUGUAGCUGUAGAAAGCCCUAUCCUAAAAGUACUUGCCUCCUUCCUAAGCAUCUCAGACAUUCCAGCUGGUUGGAUCUCUACACAGCUAUUUACAGAGAGACUGGGAUGUUCAUUCAGCAACUCAUUGCUCAUUACCUACCUCCAUGCCCAGCUCUGUGCCCAACCCACAGCUGUGGAAACUAAGGCAGGAAUAGGAGUCUGCCCUCCCAGAGCCCUACACUAGGAGGCUACACUAGGAUGAAGAACCAGAAGGGACCUGAGAAUCAUCCAGUCUCAGUCGCUCAAUGUGCAACAGAGGAAACAAGCCAGGAAAUGAGGGGAAAAACUACCCUCUCUCCAGGAUACAACUGCUCUGCUUUAAGCAAAGAUUUCUAGCAAGAUGCCAAGAACCCCACCACCCCUUGUGGGUUGGCUGGGGUUGGCUACUGAGCCAAGCUUCCAAAAUCAUGUUCCUUUUGAUGGCCUAGAAACAACUUGUCCUCUGGGGAGAUGGAGCUCAAGGCCAGCCAGCUAGGCCUGGGACGCCUGCCUCUGCUGGAUCCAAAGAAUUUCCCAAGGGAAGCAUUCUGGCCAGGCAGCUUUACCAGCAGCUCCAGAGUAAGGGGAGUAGGAGAUUCCUCCAGGGUAGGCUGUGGCUUGCACCAUGGAUUCUAGGCUCUGGCAAGGGCUGAUGUGGUGGGGGUGUCUAUUUUUUGUGAAACAGAGGAAUGAUUUUAUUGUUAUUUUUGGUAAAAUAAAAGAGAUGAACUAAAGCAGUCACUGGUGAGAAGCUGUGGUCUGGGUGCCACAUGGCUUUUGGCAGACUGUGGAAGGAGCCCGGCCAGAAUAGAGCUGGGAGGACUUUUGUCUUGAGAUCCUGGGCCAUGUGGAGGGCUGGCUGGUGUGAUCAUGUCUGGCCCUGGCCCAAUUCCACAGGGUGGGGACACCAAGGUUCUCCCAGGGUUCUGAGACUUCUAAUCCAUGCAGCCUAGGAAGCCUUGGAGAAGGGAGGGCUGCUCCUUGUCUUCCAGGAACUCGGUCUGAUGGGGAGUUUUUUUUUGUUCUAGUUCAGGUCACUCUACCCCCUGGAACUAGUUUUGGGAAUAAUGAGUAAAGGGGCAGAAUGGAAAUACAACCCAGCCUAAUUACAGGAGAGAAAGAAGUUUGUGGAGGAGCUCAAAGUGAGAGAGGCAGGACACAGGACUCACUACUGAGCUUACUUUCUAGGACAAAUAUAAGACUCCUGGCUCAAUCCAAAAGCUUCCAAGACAGGAGUUGAAAAGCAGCUUGGUCCUUAAGUGUCAGCAAAGUGCCCCCCACCCCAUGUUGCCCCUCUAUCUGCAAAAGAUCUAGCUUGGCUUUGCACAAGGGCUCUCCUGAGGGCUGGAGGCCUGGGUGCCAGUCCCAGCCCAUCCCCAAAGGUUUCAUGGAAAGUCCCUUCGACUUGUAGACCUUCCUUGAUUUCCCAUCUGUUUCAUGAUUGAUUGAUCUCUCCUUCACAAUUUGGAACCUGUAAAUUGUUCUUAAUACAGUCACGGCUAAUGUUCACUAUGUAUCAGAUAUAGUUGUAAGUGAUUACAUAUAGUACCUGGUCUUUAGCCAGCUGCCUGACUUUCCUCCCAGUCCCCAAUACCUUUCCUUCCUUUCACUGCUCUGAGAUCUCAGAGAUUCUGCUUUGAGAUCCUGCUGCUCAUUCUUCUGGCUAACUAAAGAAGGCCCAAAGUCCAUCAUUCUAAAAGGGUGCUGCUUGCGCAUCUCCUGUGACAAAUUCAGUAUUCAAUACCUCAGUUCACACACACUUCUAUUUGCAAACAGUUCCGUUCACAAACAAAAGUAUUUGGCAAAAUUUUGCUUCCAUUUGCAAACUCCACAUCAGGUGACAAACGUGACCAUGGCCAUCUCCCUCCAAAUCAUAAAAGAAGUUAAGUUCAUAAACGAAGGUACCACUUGUAUCUCACCACCUCCUCCAUCCCUGGAUGGUACAAACUGUUAGAAAGUCCA